AUUGUGGGCCCAAAGGACCCUAUCAUCCGAUCAGCGAUGGGGUGACAGUCGAUGAACUGGGCCAGCCAGAGGUAGUCUAGUGAACACCAUCUUCUCCCUAUCCCUCCUCUUCCCCCUCCCCAAGGCUGAGGCCGCUGCCAUCCCCCAGCGAUGCUGGCCAUCUCGCCGCCGUUGCACAAGGAUGUGCCCAUGAGACGAUUCACAUCGCCUGGUGACGGGUUCCGCGCCUACGUCCCCCCGCCCGUGGAUCCAGCCUUUCACUUUCUCGCUGCGCUUCUCGUGCCAGUGACACAUGGCUCCGCGCUUCGAAAGGCUCCCCCGCGGCCGCCGCUCGACCCUGCGCUGUACGGCAGCCUCUCGCGCGCGCUGGACUUGCCGCUCGAGGUGCUGGAGCUCAUCGCUCGCAACGUCGUCGAGGCCGGCACGGGCCCGGCCCUAGCCCGCUCUUCACGAUUCCUCUGCGCCGUGACCGUGCCGCAGCUCUACCACACCCUCGAUCUGCGCACCUCGCACGAUGUCGCGUCGGUCGCGAGGACACUGCGACAAAAGUCCUGGCUGGGGAUAUACAUCAGAGAGGUCCGCGUCCGCGCCUACAGGCUUCACUGGACAGACAUGAAUGCGCUCGUCGAUGCGCUGGGAAUGAAAGCGGCCAGAAUAGACCAUCUCCAAGUCAGCUUCCCUGCCAGCGAUCUCCCCCAGGCCAUGAGGUUCUUCUCGGCCUUUUCGCCAAAGACAUUCGAAUGGAUGACCUCGCCGUGCUGGCAGAUGCGACCAGCCCAUCUCUUUUUGCAUUUCAUGUCACGGUGGCAUCGGCUAGAGCAGCUCAAGCUGGGCAGCUUUCGAUUUGAUGAUGUCGUCCUGCAGUUCCUUGGCUUGCUUCCAUCACUAUCCCGCCUGACCCUGGCUGGGUCUGCGACCAAGCACCUCGAGAGCCGGCUAAUCAAGCAGCUUCUCGAGACACCUUGCACUGCCCCUACCCAGGAGAGCGAUGCGAUGGAGGUGGACGAAGACCCCAAUUUCCCCUGGUCAGCGGGGGAUCGAUACCUCGACGAAAUUGAGAUCCUCGACUGCCCUCUUGACCGCAGGCUCGCGCUUGAAGCCGAGCUUUGCGACGACCUCGUGCCUGCUCUGCGCAGCAAGGUCACCUGGCAGGUCUGAACCGGACACCCACCCUUGUACAAGUAUAUUGCCCACAGCAGCUGUGUCAGCUUUUCCUCCUUUCUCCACGUAGCAUGACAUGAAUGAUAAUGAUGACGACGAU